ACGUCUUACUAUUUUUCUUAAAAGUCUUUCGAGAGUUAGAUUUGAAACCACCAAGAAGAUUAACUGCGUACCUACCUAAGUUACAUCCUGAUUUGCUAUGUUGUUCCUAUGAUGUAUAAAGUUGGAUAACUAAAGUGCCUUCUGUUUAUCUCUUUGCUUUCCAAGCGGACCUGUCCCUAGAUACAGCGAUAUACAUUGACAGCCAACUACAUAUAAUAAUAAUAAUAAUAGUCUCCGAACAAGAAAUGGCUAGGAAGAACGCCAAGCCGGCUGUUGAGCAGACGCCGUUAUUAAAUCCCAACGGCCCUAUCAUGAAAAACGGGACGCCGGCAGGAAUUCCCGCGCCCCGGUCCCGCGAUGCUGCUGCUGCUACUCUAGGUACUACCACCUCCGAGCCGCGGCCGCAGCUGCCGCCGCAGGCCAUAGCUCAUCGCGGCUACAAGGCGCUAUUCCCGGAGAACACGAUGCUGGCGUUCCGCGCCGCCGUCGAGGCCGGCGCGCACGCCAUCGAGACCGACCUGCACCUGUCCAGGGACGGCGUCGUCGUCAUCAUGCACGACCACAAGCUCAAGCGCUGCUACGGCGACGACUCCAAGGUCAGCGACCACGACUGGAGCUACUUGAGCAAACUGCGCACCGUGCGCGAGCCCCGCCAGCCGAUGCCCCAGCUCGUCGAGCUGCUGGAGUAUCUGAACCAGCCGGAGCUGCAGCAUGUUUGGAUCAUGCUUGAUAUCAAGAGAGAUGACGACCCGACGGAGAUCAUUCGGAGAACGGCGGAAACACUGCAUUCGGUGCCGGGGAUCCGGCCGUGGCAUGAGAGGGUGCUUCCGUGCUGCUGGUCGGCGGAAUACAUCAAACUAUGCAAGCAGUUCCUGCCCAAGUACCAGCUCGCGCACGUCGGCUUCUCCACCACGUACGCGCGCGCCCUCGCGCGGCACGAGCCCGCCGUGUCCGUCAGCAUGCUGUACCACGCGCUCGCGCUCCCCGUCUUCGGCCCACGCUUCGUCCGCGACGCCCAGCGCGCCGGGCUCCCGCUGUACUCGUGGACUGUCAACGAGCCUGACCGCAUGGAGUGGUGCGUGCGCGCCGGGCUCGACGGCGUCGUCACCGACGACCCUGGGUUGUUCCUCGACGUGUCCAGGCGCCUCGCCGAGGAGGGAAAGGGAAAGGGGAAAAGUGGGAAGAAGAAUGCGGCCGCGGCGGUUGGUGGGAGAUCGUCUGGCGGUGUGCCGCUGUCGGUCCGGGCGUGGCGCGUGUUCGAAUGGACGCUGUUCGUCGUCGGCCUUUUCAUCGUUGUCAAUAUUUACGUCUACCGGUGGGGGUUGCCGCAGAUGCAGGUGCCGAAAGUGCUGGGGAAGUAAUGGAUAUUUCUAGCUUUGCUGGCUGGGGUUUUGUGCUUGGGGGUUGAUUGGUUGGGUUUAUAUAUUUUAUGUAGGUAGAGACGGGUAAUGGGUACACGCACAGAGAGAGAGAGAGAUUUACUUGUUAUGUACGAGGCAGGGCGCUGAGGAUAUACAUUAGGUAGGCUAGGUUGGGUUAGGUUCGUACGCUUAGAUAUGAGACGAGUAUAAAUUCAUCUCCGAUCUACUUACAUAUCUCGUGGGGAUGUAUAUAUAGGUCGAUAUUCAUAGACUCUGGAUAGAGAACGUUGAGAUGAGAAUAUGCGCAGAGAGU